AUGUUGUUCGUUUGCGCUCUCGCUCUCUCUUGCUUCGUCGCGAUUGAGGCGCACAGUGUUGAGGCUCGGGGGAAGAAGAAGAAAAUUGCUCUCCUCAUCUACUUCGCGGAUCUAAUAUUGAAGAAAGUAUUCAUAUUCAAGCUGGUAUACGCUUUCAUCUUCUGGGUAGUGGUCCACAAGGCUGGCUACUUCCUCGCCUGGUUCAUCAGCUACCUCAAGCAGCAGAAGCACGAGCAUGUGCCCCAUCACGAGUAUAUCCCCCAUCAUGAGUAUGGGCAUCACGAGUAUGGCCCCCAUCAUGACUAUGGCCCCUAUAACAGGCGUCAAGGCGGGAGACAUAGGAGAGGAUAUAAGGCCUGA